GACUGCGCCGCUGGGAGGGUUCGCAGUUCUCUUUUUCCCUCUCUCUCCUCUUGCGUCUCGUCUACACGCUUCCAUAGGUGUUGGCGGCGCUAUGCUGUGCGUGGUAGGACAGACUGGGCUCCUGUUCAUCCUGACCCACCUCACUCUUCUACUGGCAGAUGACAGAGUGACGUGCUGCAUGGGCGGGUGGAAGACGGUGCGCGGGGUGACGCUGUGCUCCAAGCCGUGCUGCGCGGGGUACGAGGAGCGGCAGGUGCGGGCGCCCUUCCUGGUGAGCCCCGUGGUGUGCCAUAAGCUGACCCCCGAGGAGCUGGCGGAGCGGGAAGAGGCGCGCAUGACCACCACCACGCCCUCCCCGCAGUCUGCCGCGCCGCUCCUCCUUGACCAGCCUCGUCGGUUCGUGCGUGCUGCCUCACUGUACCGCGCCUUCCUCUACCGCCACCGCCACAUGUUCUUAGGGCUCCUGCGGGAAGGAUUCUCACGUAAGGAGCUCCUGGCCAUCCUUGAACGCUUCCUGAAUGAAAUCUCAUCUGAACUCGAGAAGCCUGCAGUCUGGUACGGGAACUAACUCAAAGGUUGGAGGGCUGGAGACUGAAAAAAGCAGGAAGACGAGGAGGAGGAGGAGGAGGAGGAGGAGGAGGAGGAGGUCAAGGAGAGAUGAGAGACCCCCUUCUUUGUCUUUCCCCAUUCAGCAGCGGUACUCAUUGCUAUAACCUGCUAGAAUGUUUGUGUAGGAUUCUAAAUUGUCAUCCUUGGUUGAAGUGAGUGAGUGCAUGUGUGUUGGUGAAGAGGGAAGGAAAGCCAGCGGGAGAGGGAAAAGAUGAGAAAGUGGUGAUUGUGAUUAAAUAAUACGGUUUGAGGAUUGGUGAAAUGGUGGUGGUGGUGCUAGGCCAGUCAUCAAUCCAUUUUUGUUCAUGAUAGCAAAGGAAGGUGUUAGUGAAGGUGGGUCCGAGUGGUGAGCCGUCUGUCUGUUCGAUAUAAGCCACUGUUAUGACUAAAUCUCUUUACAAAUCUGGUGUCAAGACAUUUGCUCCCUAAUUUUGGAACCAGUAACAAGUGGGCCUUUAUUUUAACGUUGUGCUACCAUUGGCUGGCCUUCUCUCCUUCAUAAAAAAAAAAAAUCUAUUUGUUUUUUUUACAGUGGCUUGUAUAAACAGAAAGACGGCGUGGCAUUAGGCUCACCUCUCGGACCCACCUUUGCUGACAUUUUUCUUUGCUAUCAUGAACAAAAAUGGGUGGUGGUGGUGAUUAGUAAGAAGGAUUAGUUGAUAGAUUGAUUGAUAACUAUUGUAAAAGGAAGAGGAGCAACGGGAGAGGAAAAGAUGGAAAGGUUGUGAUUGUGACGAAGUAAGAUAGUUUGAAGAAUGGUGAAAUGAUGGUGGUGGUGGUGAUUAGGAAGGAUUGGUUGAUUGAUUGAUUGAUAACUAUUGUAGAAGGAAGAGGAGCAACAGGAGAGAAGAUCGGAAAGGUUGUGAUUGUAGCUAAAUAAGACAGUUUGAAGAUUAGUGAAAUGGUGGUGGUGGUAAUUAGGAAGAUGGAAAAGAAGGAAGGGGAGAAGGAGAAAAGGAUGGUGAAGAAUAAUUAGAGAAAGAAGAAAUAUUCGCAAAUGGAUGAUGGUAAUAUGGGAAAAUAGAAAAAAGAAGGAAGGAAGGAAGAGAACAAGAACGGGAUGAUGAAGAAUUAGAAAAAAAGGAUAAAAGAUUCACAAAAAGAAUAAAAUAGGAAAGAAGAAGAAAAGAGCUUGAAGAAAAAUGAUAAAAUGGCGAUGAUUUAUAAUGGGUAACGGCAAAAAACAAUAAUAAUAAUAAUAAAAAAAAAUAGUUUGAACUUAAAUAUCUUUCCUUGAUAAACACUAGCAGAGAGAUAAAAGAGAGACUGUACCAAGGCAGGUGACGCUUAUGUAUAAUGGCGCAGCGCAAUUUAUCACCAUUUAUCGUAUCCUCGCGCUGCGCUAUCCGUGAAUAAACACUGGACGGAAUGUUA